UGUGCCACCCCUCUCUCCCUGGCCAGCAGCUCCAGUUCAGCUGAGCAGCCAGUCAGCGCUGUAUGACAGCACCAGCCAUUUCUAAUCUAAAGGCCCAUGCGUCUGCAGCACCAGUUUCAAUACGGGUGGCUGCAGAGAUAGAGCAGCUCAUGCAAGCUGUGUGGUUCCCCUUACUUCCUGUAAAACUAGCAGGGCUGAAGAAGUAGAUCGCUGUACGUUGCUUUGAACUCAUUGUUUGUCAUCUCUGCUUUUUCCUGCUUUUGCUUUAUUUUUUAGCUGCAGUGUUUUCACAGACUCUUUUCUCUUUUUGGAGGCAGUCUGAUUGGUUCCCUUCCAGGAUUCCUAUAAAACAGCUGUAUGAAAUUCAGCAACCACCGGCUGUUCUCUUUUGUACCAGAAUGACCACAGAGGUGAAUGAUUGGAUGCAGGACACAGACUACCUUCUGCUAAUCUGAUAGCCACACCUGUACACUUCACAAGCAUCCGGUUUGUGUAGGAUCACUACUUUUAACUACGACCCCCCACCUCAAAUCACAAGCUUCAAGCAAGGCUCCAGACUCCAUUACUGCAACCAACAACAAUGGCCACUCAUGGUGGCAGCCCAUCCCACCACUUUCAGCCCAUAGACUUUGAUCAAAAGCUGGAAGAGCGAGCUGUGAAGCACAGAACUCAUUGGGACAGAAACAAUGUGACGACAUGCAGAAGUCCAACCCGAGACCUGGAUACGAGAUGGGUUAAGAAUGAACUGCAUCGUAAAAGACAGCAGGAGUUUUCUAAAAGACGACCAGCUGACUGUGGCUUUGCUGCGUUGUUAUCUGCACGAACAAGGCGCAAUUUCGUUCAGGAGGAAGAGUAUGUGACGCAAACGACCACGUCAUUCAGCCGGCACUUCACUGCACGUCGAAGCACCAACUCCAUUAAGCAGGCAAUGUACACCUCUACUAUGAAUGACGAGAAUGGACCAGGACUGAAACAGGAGGGCGUUGCCGGUGUCCUUGAUUCACUCCGGCAGAGAGGAAAGGCCAAGAAAGAAAGAAUUCUUCUCAGAGACAUUACUCAGUUCACAAACAUCCAGAGGACACUACACACUGCUAGUGCUCAGACAGAGUCGGGCAUCGCCGCGGUCAAAGAGGCGGAUGUUCAGCAGUUGGCAGAAUAUUUGGAGGAGGCCUUGUACAGAGAGGAGGCUUUGAAAAAGAAGUUAGUCACCCUACAGAGAAGCGCCUCCACAUUACUGCGCUCCACUGAGUUACUGUGGAAGACUCGCUGUGAUGAAGAUGUGCUGAAGAGCAAGAUCAAAGCUCUGGAGGCUCAGCUGCAGCUCUGCAUGAAGAGGGUCCCUCAGGAUGGAGUGAAAAAGGUGAUAUUUCAAAUGGAGAAGCAGAAGGAGGAGUAUGAGCGAAAGGCCUUGGAGGCCAUUCAGAGAGCCACAGAGGAAAAAUCAGAGGCUCAGAGCCAGACGCAGUCCCUGCAGGAGGCGCUCCAGACAGCUCAAGAAGAGUCACUGCGAUGGCAGAAGCUUUGUGAGGAGCUAAGGCAAAGCUCCAGCCUGCUGAGGAACAGUCAGGACCAGUGUACUGACCAGCUUCUUCAUCUACAGAACCAGCUGGAGCGUUCCAGGCAGCAGGAAGAGUCACUGAAGGAGCAGUGUGAGGUCCUGCAACAGAAUGAGGAGACGCUACACUCCAAUAUCUCUCUCCUAGAGGAGGAUAACCAGAGUCUUAGAGAUCAGCUAGAGGAACUUACAGAUCACAGUCAUGGAUCGUGGAAUAACGUCACAGAAGUGCACAAGCAGGGACGUGUGCUGGACCAGCUUCUCAGAACUGAUAACAGCUUAGCUGAGCAGCUUCGCCAGGCUGAACUACGACUCAGUUUGAAAGAGAAAGAGUGUGUGGAUCUGAAGGCUGAGCUGGAGGCUCUGGAGCAGGAGUGUUAUAGUUACCAGAGUCGUCUGACCCAGUUUCGAGAAGAACUCAACGCACUAACCACUCAAAAGAGCAAAAGCAGGACCAAGAGACACUGCUGUGGCUCCUUUAUCUGUCUGACUCUCUUCUUAUUGAUGAUGAUGGUUGCUGUAAUGGCUGCUGUCUGGAUCUACCAUCCACCAAUCAGAGAUCAGCUGUGUGACUUUUACUCAUUCGUGGAGGAAAGAGUGGAGGACUAUCUAAUGCAGGUAGCGUCUGCACAGCAUGCAGUCUGCUUCAAACCCAUCUGACGGACACCCGGAUACCAAGAUAUGGAGACAUUGUUACAUCUACUAGUGUUUUUAAAGCUGUUUUGGCUCAUAUUUAUUGCCAUAAAUAAUAAUUUCAUUUAUUUGUUACAAUAUAGGCCCAUCAGUAAUAUGAGAGCACUUCCAACGAAAAACCAAACACAGAUUAAGCAUAACAUUAUGACCAGCUCCACUGAUCAUAUAGCAUAUCUACAUACUUUAUUAUCCUCCUUUCACCCUGUUAUUCAAUUGUCAUGACACCAUGGUGAAUAGGUAAUUCUCAGCACUGUAGUGAUUAGCACUGAUUAGCAUGGCGGUGGUGUAUGAGGUGUUAGUGUGUGUUGUUUUGACGAUAUAAGUGAAUCAAAUGCAGCAGCAGUGCUGCUGGAGUUUUUAAACACCUUAGAUUCACUGCUAAUCUGAGAAUAAUCCACAAAUCAGAGUCCUGUGGGCAGUGCUCUGUGUGUAGCGCACAGAUGAUCUUCAACUUGUGCAGCAACAGAUCCAGAGCUUCUGUCUCUGACUUUACUCUUUACUUUAUCUACAAGGUGGAGCAGCUGGUGGACAGUGAGUGGUUAAAACACAGUGUUUAAAAACUGUGACAGUGAGUGUGGAAACAAGGAGGUGGUCAUAAUAUUAUGCGUGAUCAGGGUAUUUCAUCCAUUUAUCCCUUUUAAGAGAAAUCAGUCAUUUUCUUUACUCUGAAAUGUUAUUUUAGUGAAGUUACGAAUUGAGAAAUAUAAGACUAUUAAUGUAAAAAUGACCAAAUAAUUAAAAAAAUUAGGAAUUACAGGUACGAAUGGUCGAUACGAAUGGACAUAUAUUUAUUUGUUGGAAGAGCUCAAGCAUUGUACAUCAGAUUAACAAGUCUCUCACACUCCAGCUCCUAUGGGCCUAACAGCUGAAAUCAGUUCUGUCUUUAAAUGUUUGUAUACAAACAAGGAUACAAAAUAUCAUAUGUUUUAAUGCAGUGAGUUUCUAAAGAAGUUAUACCUCCAAAUAAUAAGGUUUACACUCUGUGCUUACCUUUUUAUAUACAUUAUAUAUAUUUUCUGUACAUCUAGGUUUCCAUUGUGCCUGUUCCAUCUAUUUUGACAUAUUUUGAAAAUAAACCCAUUUAAAAAA